AUGCUCUUCUAUUCCUUUUUCAAGUCCCUUGUGGGCAAGGAUGUGGUCGUGGAACUCAAGAAUGACCUGAGCAUCUGUGGGACCCUCCAUUCUGUGGAUCAGUAUCUCAACAUCAAACUAACUGACAUCAGUGUCACAGACCCUGAGAAAUACCCUCACAUGUUAUCAGUGAAGAACUGCUUCAUCCGGGGCUCGGUGGUCCGCUAUGUGCAGUUGCCUGCAGAUGAGGUGGACACGCAGCUGCUACAAGACGCAGCGAGGAAGGAGGCCUUGCAGCAGAAACAGUGA